GAAAGACGUGCGACCUUCUCGCGACCCGAACUAUCGGAUACGAAAUACGAUCGACGUAUCGUGUUACGUUAAAUGAAAAUAGACUGGCCGUUGUAAAAAUUAUUUAAGUUUUAAUUUUAAUAUAAAUAUGUAAAUAAUUUCUUUUAAUAUUUAAAUGUGUAAUAAAAAUAAGAAAAUGAUUUAGAGCAUGACCUUGUCAGAAGUGGCACUAUGUGGGUACGACCGUCAACAAUACGGACAACAUAAAAAUCACAACAAAUGUGUAGAUGUAGGAAUGUAACAAUAAAAUCAAGAAGCCCGAAGAUGAAGAGGCGUUCGCUGCCAACCGUCCGCGAGGAGAGCCGCGGGAUUAGCUUGUGCAACAGUGAUUUAGCUAUCUACGUAAUAGUGACGGCUACGGCCGUGUUUAGUUAUGUGAACAGUUUGAAUGGUGACUUCGUGCAUGAUGACAUCCCAGCUAUAGUGACCAAUGGUGACGUCAUCGGCACAAAUUCUCUAAAGCAACUCCUGUUAAAUGACUUCUGGGGUACCCCAAUGGCGGAUCCUAGUAGUCACAAAUCUUAUCGGCCACUCACCACGCUUUCUUUUCGAUUGAAUCACGCCCUGUGGGGCUUGCGGCCGUGGUGGUGGCACGCAUGCAAUGUAUGCCUGCACGCGGCGUGCUGCGCGUUGGUUGCACGCGCCUGCGUCACAGUAGCACGUCUGCAGCGACCCUUCGCCACCCUCGCUGCGCUACUCUUCGCGGUACAUCCUGUACACACUGAAGCGGUGGCUGGAGUAGUGGGACGAGCAGACGUGCUGGCCUGCAUAUUUUUUCUUUCAUCACUUUUAGUGUACCAUAGACCAACUAGUGGAAAGAAAGGCGUAUGGCUGAGCGUAUUCUUGGGCGCUCUAAGCAUGCUCGCCAAGGAGACGGGCAUUACGAUAUUGGUGCUAAACAUCGCUAUCGACUUUUACAGAUGUUGGCCAUUCGUGAAGAGGUCAAUCACCUCGUGGAAGAUAGAAAAGAAAUGUACGGGGCUGUCGGUGCGGACGUUCAAAGUACUAGUGUCAUUGGCACUGCUGAUAUGUUUGCGACUCGCGCUGCUGCAAGGAACCUGGCCCUCCUUUUCUCCCCAGGAUAAUCCCGCCGCUUUCCAUCCUAGCUUCUUUGUCAGAUUAAUGACAUUCUGCUACUUGGCUGCCUUCAACUGGUGGUUGCUUCUCUGUCCCUGGACAUUGAGUCAUGAUUGGCAGAUGGGCUCGGUGCCUCUCAUCACCAGCGGCUGGGAUCCAAGGAACUUCCUUACGUGUGCUGCAUUCGGCGCGCUCCUACUUCUGUGCUAUCGUUGUAUAGCUGACAUUGAGAUUCACCGGCACACGCCCGCUGUCAUUGGCGUAUUAUUACUUGUCGUACCUUUUGUGCCGGCCUCAAAUUUACUUGUCACAGUUGGCUUUGUUAUAGCCGAACGAGUGCUUUAUAUACCCAGUGUCGGCAGUGUGAUAAUCACGGCGUACGGUGUCCAGUUAAUGUGGUGCUCGAAGCCUGGUACUAAAGUGUUCCUGGUCGUGGGUCUAGCUGUGUUGUGUGGCAGUGGGAUCGCAAAAACCUGUCGUAGGAACAUUGAAUGGAGAGAUCGAGCAACAUUACUAAGGUCGGAUUUAGUGAGUUUGCCGCAGAACGCUAAACUGCACUACAACUUCGCAAACUUCCUGCGCGAGACUGAGCAGCAAGACAACGCUAUCAAACAUUACAAAGAAGCUUUAAGGUUAUGGCCGACGUAUUCGAGCGCCCACAACAACCUAGGCACAUUAGUCAGCGGCGUGGAGAACGCGGAGCACCACUUCCUGCAGGCCAUCAAAUACAACAAGCACCACGUCAAUGCACACUACAAUCUCGGGAAGUUGUACAAGAAGAGUGGACGUAUAAAUAUGGCAAUAAAAAUGCUUGAGAAAUGUGUAAUGUUGCGGCCACAAUUCGUUCAGGCGCAUGUUGAGCUUCUCACGAUGAUACCCGAACUGGAAAAGCAAAAGGUUUUAUCAAAGUUGGUACUACUGGAACCUAAUAAUUGGGAAUAUUACAUUUUAUAUGGAAACUGGCUACGAGAAAAAGGUAUUUUAAGAUUAGCAUUAAAGUACUACCUAGAAGCGAUGCGGAUUACUUUUAAAACUCGAAAUAUUGAAAGUUUGAUUAGAGGCGACCUCAUUUCAUAUCGAUCAGCCGCUUUGAUGCUCAGAAGGCAAGGACAGAAGUCGAGGACUUUACAACUUUUGACAAGAUGGCAUACAUGGAGAAGAGGCUGGCCCAGUACGGCUGCGGCGCACAUGUAUCUUAGAGAUUGGCGGCUUAAGAUAGAAUUAGAGGGACGAGUACAGAUCUACAGUAAAGCGGUAAAUCCAAUAAAAUCAACAAAAUGCUUCGACCAUACUCAGCUACUCAUCGAAGUGGGAUCAGUCAACCAAGGAGAUGAGAUUCGAAAAGAACCUCCGUUGUUUGAAAAUAGUAAAGAUAACACGAUCAAAAAGAGUGUAAAAGAAGAAAAUCUUAGCAGUGGCAAAACAAAUAGUGCAUCAUGUAAUAUUAAAACAUGUAAAAUUAAAAAACGUAGUCCAUCAAUUACAUCGCAAAUUAAAACAAUACAUAAUAAAUCUGAAAUCGGACAUAAAGGUAAAAAGUGUUCUAUGCAUAGAAAAGAAAAAAAUUCCAAAGACAAUAUAAUACCAAAGUUCACAGCCCCACUAUCGGAGCAUAUUCUUAUCAAAACAUUUUAAAUUAAGCUUUAUUUAAUUUAUUAAUGUGAUGAAUUGUGUAAAUGACUGAAGUGAUGCUACUGAUAUAUGAUAUACUGUGUCUCACAUAAUUGAGGGUAGUUGUAAAAAUAUGCCGACAAUAUCGCAACUUAUUUAAGGUUAUAAUUAAAUUUAGAUAUUUCGUAAACAGAUUAAUAUCUUUUUUUUUUAUUCACUUUAAAGAUUUGAUCACAAUAAAGAUUAAUAUCUUUAUUGUGAAACUUCCGAAAAUAUUAAUGUACAAAAUCGUUUUUAAGAUUUAAAUUCUCAAAUAGGUACGGAUGAGAUUACUUAGAUUUUUGUUAGUGACAUACUAGUAUAUCUAUUUUUGAAAUAUCUAAAUUUAAUAUUAGAUAGAUAAAAAUAAUUUAAAAAUAACAUUUUGUAGUAAUGGAAAAGAAAAGUUAUAUUUUUGACAGAGAAAAUGUCGGUGUAUUUCUAUGAAAGUGCACUGUUUUUUACGCUAACAUUAGGUACAACUCAUGUACACAAAGAAUCGCUCUCAUGAUAACCAUUUUCUUAAUUUCUACAAAAACUCCUACCUCUUUCAGACUUUUCUUUAUUUUACCUAGUUUUAUUUUUCACUAGCUAUUCUCCACAAAGUAGUAAAUAUUUGUUUGAUACUCAGUUAAUGAAUUUCGAUAUUAUUUUUCAAAAACUUGUCAACAUAUGCAACAUACUAAUGUCAAUCCUAUGUGAUAUUUUUGACAGUAAAUAUUUUCUUAGAAAAAAAAUCCAUUAAUUUAUUCAA